AUGGAUCUAUCGUUCAGCCCGUCGGUCAUGGCCUCUACGUCGUCUUCCUCCGAGCUGCCGGACGGGGAAGUCCUAGUCCCCGCUCCCGAUCCGCUCGUCCACGUCGCCUUCAACCAGCACGGCACGCACUUCGUCGCGGCCACGGCCACCGACUUCCACGUAUUCUCCUGCCACCCUCUCGAGCGCGUCAUGCACCGGCGCGGCUCCGACGGCUGCACGUUCAAGGUGACCUCCGCCCAGCUGCUCACGCGGUCUCAGCUGGCCGUCGCGACGCGGAGGCCCGGCGCCGUCGACGGCCACGUCAUCGACUUCUGGAACGGCAUGUGCAAGCCCAAGGACGCCAGGACCAACACCGUCAGGAGCCCGUGCGGCGCCGUCGGCGGGUUCCGCCUGCGGGGGGACCACAUGCUCGUCGCCGGCGAGGGGACGGCCACGCUGUUCGACGGCGUCCACUGGGAGAAGGAGGUCCGCCGGCGCGGCAGGGCCGGCAGCGUCAGCGUGCGCGCGCACGGCUCGGGCGUGGCGUGCCUCGCGCUGUCCCCCGACGGACGGCUGCUCGCCAGCGCCGGCACCCGAGGCACGCUCCUGCGCAUAUUCAGCACCGCCGACGGCACCAAGCUCCAAGAGCUGAGAAGAGGCACCGAAGGGGCAGACAUCCACUGCAUCGCCUUCUCCCACGACUCCAAAUGGUUAGCGGUGUCCAGCGACAAGGCAACGGUGCACGUUUUCAGCAUCAAUGACUUCAACCUCACAAGCUCCACUCUCGAGGAAGAUCAUGCCAGCAAUGACCUUUUGGUGGCACCACUCGUACUACCAUCUUCUCCCGCACCCGCAACAACCAACCAGAGCUCAUCACGCAUGUCAUUUUUGAAAGGCUACCUACCGACGUAUUUCAGCUCGAAGUGGUCGUUUGCCCAGUUCCGGAUCCCUAACGCCUGGACCAAGUGCUCCGUGGCGUUCGACAGGAGACACCCCAACACCAUUACCAUUGUCUGCAUGGACAAAAGGUUCUACCGCUGUGAGUUCGACCCGGUGAAAGGAGGCGACAUGGUGCCGGGGGUGUGCCACGAGAACUUCAUGGACCUGUGA